GCUCAGCUUCGAAGUUCCUCUUAGCACUGCCGUGGGAUGGAGUCGCGCCAAUGCAGCCAUCGAGCGUGAUCGAGAGCCAUGACGUACUGGCCCAUCUCUGCCCCCUCCGUCUAUGCAGCCAGCAAGCACCAGGUGCCCGAGGAAUGCAUCACCACCAGCGACGACGGCGUCACAGACCGAGCUGGGCGCCCCUCCCCGCGAACACCUAGGCAUGGACCAGCAGAAGACAAGGACGCGCAAUCAGAGAAAACAGAGGACUCGGCCGAGUACUUUAAUUCGGGGAAGCAGAGGGACCCGCGCAUAGGAGAUGGAGAGAAAUCUCAGCAAUCAGACUCGAGGAGGCCGCCAAAAGAAUGGAUUCCAGAAGAGGACCUGUCAGGAGAAAUAAUUGGGAUAAGGGUGACCCGUAGUGGGCAUAUGUUUGCAACUAUCACUCGCUCUACCCUCACAAUAUGGCAGACCAAGCCCACUGCCAUUCUAGCAUCUGUCCUGCGCUCUGAACACUCCCUCAAAACCUACGGGCCUAAUGUCACCCUCUUACUUCGUCCUGAUUCCGCUAUUUUCGUUGUCCAGACCACUCUUGGAUAUCUUAUAACCUACUCAUUGGCUACGGACCCGACAUCACGCGUAUACAGGACACAAUUUGCAAGCACCACCCAAGGACACUCGCGGAGACAUAGCGUUGGGGGUCUCAGGACACACCGCACCAAUGAAGCAAAUGCGGGCCCGGGCGAGGGCAGCGGCGUCAGAGAAAUCAGCUUGCGGUUCCGCAUGGUCAUACGAGUCGAUGCCGGGAUUGCCAGAGCCCUUGCUCUGGACGACGAGCUGAUAGUGGCAACGGAGAAGCCUGCAGCUAUACAGUGCAUCCGAUGGGCCCCGGACAACACAGGGAGUCAGACCAGCACUGAACUCUUGAGCCGGAUGUCAUGGUUGGGAAAGAAAGCCACAAUCACCGAGAUGGUGUACGACCGGCCGAUGAAUCUAUCCGCCUGGAUAACUGGGGAUGGGAAGGGUUUUGCGGUCCAAAGACUCGCGAGGGAUAGAUCACAGGAUCCCAAGUCACAAAAUCUAUUCCGCGGGUACGCAUUUCACUCUCCGGUAGGCGAAGACGAUCAUGGAACCAAGGCUGCGAUCAACGCGCGGUUCUCCCUUCUUGCAGUCGGUUGCACCAAUGGAGAUAUCUACGUGUAUACAGCUCGGGACUACACUGGAAAUAUCCCUAUGUCUCACAAGCUUCGACCGAGUUCAAGUUCGCACGGAGCGCUCAAUUUCCUCAGCUACUCUCCUGACGGGUACUGUCUCUUUGCCGGAUAUGAGAACGGCUGGAUGAUGUGGAGUGUAUAUGGCAAGCCAGGCGCUAGCAGCUUUGGCGCAGACCGCUCCCUCUCUGAAGCCAACGAGGAGGGUUGGUUGCUUGGAGUCCAAGACGGGUUUUGGAUUGGCGGCGGGUCAGAGAUUCUGCUCCUCGGGAAAGGAGACAAUCGGCUUUGGUUGGUCGAGAUGGCUCGCAAUGCGAUCACAGGCUGCUUCUCAUCCGCCAAUGUCUCUCGAUCGCUGAUGCAGACCAACGCUGGCUUUAUGAUCUACCGAGGAUAUGAUUUACCCGACCUAACGACGAUAUCUGCAGAGGUCUCACUCUGGCAUCAUGUCCAAAUUCCAGCACACUACCUAAUUGACCAAUGGCCAAUUAGAAGCGCGGUCAUCUCAUCUGACGGCAGAUAUGUGGCAGUGGCAGGUAGACGAGGCCUGGCGCACUACAGCGUCAAUAGCGGGCGAUGGAAAACAUUCGAGGACCCCCUGAUGGAGAAUGAGUUUACAGUGCGCGGAGGCAUGUGCUGGUACCAGCAUGUUCUCAUCGCCGCCAUCGAGUCCAGCGAUUCCCAUGAACUUCGGAUUUAUUCCCGCGAACUAUCACUAGAUACUAACCAUGUAAUGCAUGUAGAACACCUUCCAGACCCAAUAGUUCUCAUGGUGUCAUCUGGAGAAGAUUCCCUGCUCGUCUAUACACACGACAACGUGCUCUAUCACUACAUUAUCAGCGUUGCGAAUGCAGCGGUCAAGCUGGUUCAGGUCGGGCAAAUCACGUUGAAUGGCGUCAUCCGGUCGCCGGCACGAGUGCGCGCCCUGAGCUGGAUCCUACCUGAAGAGCAGCUACAUAACGGCGACCCUUCGCAAGAUGUGGCUGUUGCCUCAAUUCUGUUCCUUCUCGACGGCAAGCUAGUGCUGCUGCAGCCGGCGACGUCAGAAGCGGGGGAGCUGAAGUACGAGAUGCGGAUCAUUGCACACAACGUCGAGUACUACGUCCUUAUGCGCGACAACCCCUCGUUCAAUCUCGAGGCGCAGGACGACUCGCUGCCGCCAAGUCCGUCGGCAGGGCUGGUGAUGAACGGGGUGCACGGCCACGAUCUGCGAGAUUCGCUGUGGCUAUUCGACGGGAGCGACGUCCGCGUGUGGAUCGAUAUGCUGGACGUGCUGUCGUCGGCGUCAGUCGAGCUGGGCCGUGAUCUGCCAUCAACGGUCAAGAUCCCGGUGGACUUCUACCCCCUGUCGGCAUUAAUAAACAAGGGCAUCUUGUUUGGAGUCGAAUCGGAGCUCGUCCAGCGGAGGGACGUCAGCUUUGGGUAUAUGCGCUUUGUAGCUCGGACGCAUCUCUUUCUGCCCGCCCUCCUACGGCACCACCUCGGGCAAUACAACUCACCAGCAGCCCUACACUUAUCGCAUCACUACCAGCACCUGCAGUACUUUGCCCAUGCCCUGGAGAUCUUACUGCAUGAUGUUCUGGAUGAGGAGGUGGACACGUCGCCCCCACCAGAGCAAGCAUUGCUGCCCAGUGUGCUUUCUUUCCUCUCUUCGUUUCCGCAGUAUCUUGAUAUCGUAGUGCAGUGUACGCGCAAGACAGAAGUGCGCUCGUGGCGGACGUUGUUCUCCUACCUACCACCGCCACAGGAGCUUUUCGAAGAGUCACUUCAGAAGGACUCUCUGAAGACAGCGGGGGGUUACUUGCUUGUCUUGCACACAUUUGAAGAGCUCAGCACGAGUUCACAGCAGCUCGUGCGUCUGCUGCAGCGCGCGAAGCAGGAGCAGGACUGGGACUUGUGCAAGGAGCUGGCACGGUUCCUGAUGGCGCUCGACGAGACUGGCGGCACCCUGCGCGAAGCACUGGAGCUGGUCGAGCUGCGGUCCCCGACAGGAGAAAACGGGGGAGCGGGCAGUGGAGAACGCAGCUUCAUGUUCGACCAGAUGCGUCUGAGUGUACCCAGCCGGCGUCGCAACGGCACGGGAGUGGGUAUGGGCAUCGAUUUCUCGGGCCGUGGGUCGAGUCACAGCACCAGCCGCAGUCCGAGCAGCGAGCGCGGCAGCCCGGGAGCACGCGCGCGACGGUGAAUACAACUGAUGCCUGCUGCAAGGCAGCUGAUUGCCUGGAGCGUGCGAAACAGGCGAAAAGUGGUGGGAGAACUCGAAACCGGGUCGUUCAUCACACUUCAACGCUUUCACUGGUUUUGAAUAUAGCUAUCUACCGAAUUUUUAAAAUCAGCUUGGUGUACCAAUUGCGUGUAUUCUCCGAAAAUCUGGCUCUGAUCUGGUGGUUCGGUGCACAGCGAACGCACAGUGAUGGCCGAGUCCGCGUACCACCAAG